AAGGCUACUCGGUGGUGGGGGAGUCGCGGCGGCGGCUGCGUCGCGCGGCUGGAUGGGAAGCAGUCGCGGCGAGGGUGGCUGCAGUGGCGGCGGGCAUGGGGGAGCAGCUCAGCAGGGAGACCGCCCCGCCGGAGCCAGACAUCGCCGCCACUGAGCCUUCUUUGCCGACCACGGGAGCUCCGCAACAGCCGCCAGUGCAAAGCGGAAGGGCAUCCAGGCCACAGCCAGAGGAGGACGCCGGAGCGCCUCCCCCGCCGCCUGCUGAAGCGCAAGGCCGGGAGACGGAGGACGGUGUCGGGGCUCCCUUGGAGGAAGGUCCUGGCUCGGAAGACCAGAGCAGCAAUAGCCGCCGGCUCUCCUUGAGGCCCGUCUGUUGUACCGUCUACUGCGUGGAGAGCGACUGGAGGCCCGAGCCGCCGCCUGAGUCUCCUCUGCCGCCAGACGGGGAAGGAGGAAAGCCCCGCUCCACAGCCAUUCCGCAGCCCUCUCUGCGUGGAGGUGGGAAAGGGGGAGGCGGCAGCAUCGAGGUAGACUUGUACCUUCUGCCCGAGCCCUUUUCCGGGCUGAUCUCGGGGGAUUUUGGGUCCUUGCUGGUGCUGACCUGCCGCGUGUGUUUGGAGGAGAAACCCCUCAAACCCCUGCCUUGCUGCAAGAAGCCUGUCUGCGAGGACUGCCUGAAGCGCUACCUCAGCUCCCAAGUGCAGGUGGGCCUCGCAGACAUCCAGUGUCCAAUAACAGAAUGCAAUGAACGUUUGGAUGAAACAACUGUUCUGUACCACUUGCCACAUGAUGACAUCAUCAAGUAUAAGUACUUCUUGGAACUUGGCCGUAUUAGUUCAAGCACCAAGCCAUGCCCUCAAUGCAAGCACUUUACAACCUUCAGGAAGAGAGGCCACAUUCCAACCCCUACCAAAAUGGAGAACAAGUACAAAAUUCAGUGCCCAACUUGCCAAUUUGUGUGGUGUUUUAAGUGCCACUCUCCCUGGCACGAAGGUGUCAACUGCAAAGAGUACAAAAAGGGAGACAAACUGUUGCGUCACUGGGCCAAUGAAAUUGAACACGGACAGAGAAAUGCUCAGAAGUGCCCAAAGUGCAAGAUCCACAUCCAGAGAACAGAAGGAUGUGACCACAUGACUUGUUCACAGUGUAACACUAAUUUCUGUUACCGCUGCGGGGAGAGAUAUCGCCAGCUCCGUUUCUUUGGAGAUCACACAUCAAACCUCAGUAUAUUUGGAUGCAAAUACCGCUACCUCCCUGAGAGACCACAUUUAAGGAGAUUAGUGCGAGGCUCUGUCUGUGGUGGAAAAUUACUUAUUACACCACUGAUACUGGUUUUGGGGCUGGUAAUGGGAGCCAUUGCUGUCAUAAUAGGUUUAUUUGUGUUUCCUAUCUAUUGCCUUUGUAAAAAGAAGAGGAAAAGGCUACAAACAGAAAUGCCCUGGAAUGAGUGAGCAUACACUGAAUGGAGCUGAUCCUACAAGGCUUAUGCAAAACGUGUGCAACACAGCAAUAUUCUGCUGGUUAACUGUCUUGAAGCUAUUGCCCUGGCAGAAACUUAAGGGACAACUGCUGUAUUCUCUGUAUACAAUACACUACUGAAGACAGGUUGGAAUGCUUCCCCGCUCUUGUGCCUCAGAAGAAAUGAAGGCUCCUCAACUUUUUGAUUUUUUUAAAAUUAGAUUUAUAUUGCGCUGUCUGUGCUUAAAGCACUUCACACACACAAUCUCAUAAUCCUUACAACAAUCUUGUAAUGUAGGCCAGUAUGCUUCUCCUUUUGCAGAUUGGCAGUUGAGGCUAAGAGGAAAGGUUUGCUUCAAGUCACUUGUGAGUUCAUGGUGGAGGUGAAAAUUGAAAUGGGGACCUUCUAGAUUAUAGCUCAUACUCGUAGUCAUUAUACUACACCAGCUCCCAUUUUAUUUUUUAAGUGUUCAGAACAGCUUCUCUUUCUUGGCCAGCCUGUGUUUGCAGGGUAGCUGCUCAUCUGGUGAUGGAUCCAUGAAAGGAGCAUUUAAUUUGUCCGCACAUAGUUUAAAUUAUUGAUAUCUUUCUCAGCCUUAUGUGUAACAUGGGUCACAUGUUGCUAGGUACUAGACUCAAAAUUCAGGGGGCAUGACCAUUGCCCUUUGGGGCUUGUAGUUUACAAUUGGUUACCACCUGGAAACAGUCUGUGCUGGAGGAUGGGAGGAUAGGUAAGCUAUGAGCUGCAUCUCUGUGCUCCAGGAGUUGAAGCAAGGGGCUUAUCCAUUCCAACAACCACUCAUCUGUCUGGUCUGUCAUCUCAGCACAACUGUUGAGCUGUCAGGAGGAAAGCAAGGCGGCCACAGUUGGACGGUGGUGGUUGUACCCUUCAGCACGAGACAUAGUGGAUCAUGUGAGCAAAUGAGAUUGCCAAGGAGCUCAGAGAAGAGCAAGCUGGCCAUGGAGAAAGAAGAGGGCAUGAGAAAGCUGAGAGGAAAGUAAAGGUUGUACUGGUUGCUUGCAAGAUGAGGCUUUACAAUGCUGCAGACUGGCUUAGAGUUGGCUUCUGCAGUUGGAAACCUUUGUGCCCCUUGACUUGCCUUGUCUUUCUGCUCUCUCCCUGGCAUGGGGCAAAAUAGCCUUGGCAAUCUUUCUUUCACUUAAGCUUUGAGCCUCAAGGUAGGGAGAGAGCAAUAAGUUAGGAAAGUCAAGGGCACACAGGCUUCACAUUACAGAAAUCUGCUCCAGCUUGUAGUGCUGGCUUGGCACUUGCUUUUGAAGUGCUCAUGCCCUGCCCCAGUAGGUUCCUGUAAUGGGAAACAUGAACGCCCUUUGUCUCCCUAGCACAUGACAGAGCAGGUUCUGCACAGGAAAGACAGGCAUGUUUCCUGUCCUUCCCUUACAGAGCCCACAUUCAGUAGUCAUAUGACUCUGUUGCUUGAAGGUAAUUGCGAAUGUGGCUCCUCAUGAGCCAUAUAGUGAGUACCACUGGUUUAGCGAGACCAAUAAUGUUCAGUCUUUUUAACCUUCAAACACAAUGAAAUGAGUUAGGGAAAGAGGUAAAAGCUGGCCUUUUAUGAUCUCAUAUACAAAUGUGGUGAUAUUGUGGCAUAUGUCUGUAUGCUGCAGUCCACUUGUACUAUCAUAUGCAUAGCACACAAGAUUGUGGCCAAAAUAAGUGCCACGAUUAAGUGCAAAUCCGCAAAGUUGGACUGUUUUGUUAGGUGCUGUUUGGCAGAAUAGCAAUUUGCCCUGAGAGAAUCCCAAAAUUUACUGUAAACAAUAUCAAUAUAUGCCAAGUAGACUUUUCUACAUAUUUUCCUAUAAAGAUUCAGGUGUAUCCAUAUUUCAGUAUUGGCUGCAACAUGAUGUCAUUUGAAACACAAGACCAGUUGGUAAUGUUCUUCAAAGGUUUUCAUAGCAGCCCGUGAGAAUGGCAUACCUGCAUCAGCUUGUGUAUGAAACCAUUCAUGUACUGCUGAAUAUGUGAACUUCCAGUUCCUAAGCCAGGUAGCUUGGUACAUGCAACCUCAUUCCUACCCCAUUUGUUGACUCACCCCACAAGGAAAACGAGGGAGCACAAGCAUGCUGGCCCUACCUCCUACCUUUGUGUGAUUACCUGGUCAUCUGCAGAGUGUGACUGAGCAGAAGAACUGUCCAUGCACACAUCUCUCCCUGUGAUCAGCAACAUUCUGAAAGCAGCAUCUCUGGUCAUAUGAAGGGGUGUACAUGUGGCUACUUCCUCUGCACAGUCAUACUCUGCAGGCAGUCAUACAAAGAUGGGAGCAGCAUGCUGUGCUUGUGCUUGCUCUCUCUUCCUGCUCAGUGAGUCAGCGUUUGGAGGGGGGAGGGUGUCUGUACCACGCUGCUUUCUGCUAUGUCAUAGAUACCGCUGCUGGGCUCAGUAUCUAAAUUGGCCCACAUACAUUGCAUAUUAGCAGUUGCAUUAAAAUGUCAUUUGUGAAAUUUUAUUCUCUUAAAAGGACUGUCAGUCUGAUAAAACUCAGUGAUACAUUUGGAAUGGAGAAAAAAAUCUAGAGAUCUUUGUUCUUGAUUUAAAAAAAAAUAAAUUAUGAUGUGUUUAUUAUUGUUAUCUUUUGCUGGAAUAUGAGACAGGUACAACAGUCUGAUUUCAAGUUAAGAAAAAGAGAAUCCGCCUUGACUUUUAACACGUCAUCUUUCUGUAUUAAUAUUAAUAUAGAAUACAAACUGGGAAGGAGGAAUCACUAAGAAAUUGUCAAAACAACUAGCAGAAUAAAAUCAAAUCAUAUGCAAACAAUUUUAAAAGAACGCGGUGUAUAUUGUUACAAAGGAUUUCAGAACUCUGUCUACUGUAUUCUUCAGUUGGUUGUAAAUCUAGUCAGUCCUGUGAUUUGCAAAUUAAAAUGCAAUAUUCUGCUGUUUGGCAUAUAUUGUACUUCAAAUGUUUCAGGACAUCAUUACUGAAGCAAUAUGUUAAUCAUAUAAAACAAUUUAUAGUGCAUUUUAUGGUUUGAUCUUUGGGACCUCAAAGCCUACUAUCAGCAGAACAUUUUUUUUUGUCUGGCAAUGUCAGUCUUAGAUUUGGAUUUAAUAUAUUAGUAUCAGUCAGUGUGCUGUUUACACCUAAUAACAACUAAAGUUGCCAUUAUUUCAUCUAGUAAAAUUAAAUUGUUCUCAGUGAAUUCCAGAAAUCUAGCAGCUAGUUAGAACUAAUAAGAUUUCUGGAUUGAUUUUUUUCUGUUACAAUUCCUACCUACUGUGCCGUUACACAUGUUUUAGUUUACAUUUAAUGUAUUUCCCCAUUGUAUUAUCUCUCCAAGUUGGACUACUGCCUUAAAUAAUCUUUUGAAAGAUUGUAUACUUUUGCCUAGCCCCAGAUAACUCUGUUUCUCAGGCCAAACUUAUUUGUUGUCUUUGGUUUACUCAGGGAUUUUAGUCCUUCAUUAAAAUGUCAAAUACUUUUGUGAGGAAAAAUUUCUAAUAUUUAGGACAUCCAUGCAUCAGAGUUACAUCCUGAAAUUUGGUGUGUGGUGUGCAGAUUGUAUUAAA